UGACAACUUGUUGAUUUGUUUUCUGCUAAGUGAGUACGCCCUUCUAUUUAAAUACCAAAAUACAUUUAUUUUCGUACCGACCGAACGUAAACUUAUGAAAUUUUAAAACUGUAGAAAUUACCAGAACUGCUUGCAACAAAAAUGGAUUUCUAUUCAUUUAUGGCGAAGCAUGAAAAAGAAAUUGAUAUUGAUGAUGUAAAUGAUGAAAUAAAUGCUUUAUUACAAAGGAAGAACAAUUCACAAUUUAUAUCGGAAAAUUUGAAAUGCGAUGAAGAGAAUUUGACUGAAAACCUAAUUACACUGGAUGAGGAACUUCUCAUAUUCGGGAUUAAUUCUAUGUCAUUACAAUGCUCAAAAAAUCCAGCAGUCUCGUUGUGUAAUGUGAUGUGGGAAUUGAUAACACUUUAUCGUAAUCUCGAGUCUAAGAAAAAAAAAAUUGAAAAUGACAAUCAAGAAAUAUUGAAACAAAAUGAAGUAUUACAGAAAUUGAACAACAAAUUUAAAAGGGAACUGCAAAUUAGCAAUACUGAAAUAUCAGCAUUACAAAUGAAUUGUAACAAAUUAAAAAGUAAACUAGAAAGUGAUAACAAGGAAAAAACAAAACUAAAAUACUAGAGCAAUAUUUCAAUU